AUGUUUAGGUUUUCAUCAUUCAAUUUAUUGAAAUACAACGGAAGAUGGUCUUCCUCUGCUCUUGCUGUUAGAAAAUCAUCCUCCUUGUGGAUGAGUGGUGGUUUGAAUAAAUUCUCAAUUUCCGGAGGAGAAAACCAAGAACGAUUGAAAUCAUUUUCUUCAUCAAGCGAUAAGGAGCCUUCAUCGAAAAGAAAAGAAAACGACCGAUGGGAUAGGUCCAAGAAUAUUGCUGGUUCCAAAUCUGCUCCAUCAUCCUCGGAUAAAAAGCCUUCUUCUUUCAGAGAAGAUAGAUUUGAACGAAAGCCAUCCUUCAACAGAGAAAGAGGAGAUGACUUCAGAGGAAGGGAAAGAUUUGAAAAGAAGCCUUCAUCGUUCAAUCGGGAAGAACGAUCCAUGAAUGAUAGAAAGCCAUUCCGAAGGGAAGACUCCAAGUUUGAGCCUUCAUUUGACAGAAAGCCAGAGAGAAGAAGCUCAUUCCGUGAUUCUAGACGAGAUGAUUGGGGUGAAGAAUUUUCUUCCCGUAGAGGUUCUCGUACUUUUGAGGACGCAAAACCAUCAAGUAGAUUUGAAGAAAAACCUGCUUUUGGCAGAAGAGCCUCUUUCAGUGGAGGUGAAAGUGUGAAAGAUUCCAGCAAGUCACGCUCAAGAUUUGACGAGGAUCGAUUCGAACGAAGGCCAUUCUCCGACAGAAAACCUUCAUUCAUCACUGGCAGCAGAGAAGACAGAUUUGAACGAAAGCCAUCCUUCAACAGAGAGGAGAGAUUUAGAGAAGAUAGAAACGAAUUUAGGGGAAGAGACAGAUUUGACAGAAGCAGAACACCAUCCAAGCCAAGAUUCGAAGAUGAUUCAUUUAAAGGAGGUGUUAGAUCUGGCAAGAAUGAGAGGUUCAACAGCAGUCGAGAUUUUGAUGCUCCAAAGAAACGAACAUUUGGUGAAGAGUCUCGAAUGGAAAGUAGAAGUCCACGUGGAUCAAUGACUGAGAACAAGCAGCCACCAUCACGUAGCAAAGAUGUCACAAAGGAGUUGUCAAGCUCAAAAUCAAAACGACGUGCUGUCAUCGAAGACGAUGUCGAUGAUUGGGAAGAUUUCCAAGAUUUGACUCCAUCCAAGAAGACCAGCUCCAAAAAGAAGGCCGAAAAAGUUGAAGAGCCCGCAAAAGUUCCAGAACGAAAUCCACGCGAGAUUGAGAGAAGAGCAAUGAUGGCCAAUACUGGCAAGCAUGCAGCUUCUGCAGGAGUUGCGCACGUGCUCAGUCAGUCCAGAGGUGGACAAUCAAACACAAAGGCAACUAACCAAUCACUUCCUAACGUGACAUUUAUUUCUAAUCCUUCACAACGCAAUUAUGAUAUGGACCAAGCAUAUGAUUUCUAUGACAAUGGUUUGAAUGAGAAUGGAGACGAAUAUUUAGACGAGUUCGAUAAUGACGACUAUUACUUUGGAAAUAUGAGAGAAUGGGAACUCGAAAACAUUUUGAGCCAGUUAAAAAAGUAA